CUGUCCACCAUCAACAUGGUAGACAUGGAUAGCCCAUACAGCCCUCCAUCUCCGCUGGAGGACUCUGUGCUGGACAGCCCGCUCUGCAAAGACUUUAUGGGAGGUGUGGGGGACCUGCAGGACAUCUCGCAGUCUAUUCAUGAAGAGGCACUCAGCAACCUGGACGUCCCUCAGUACCACCCCUCAUCCAGCAUGUGCUCCAGCUCCGAGAGCAUUGUGCCGGAUUCUCUGACCCCGGCAUCCAGUCCAUCUUCAGGUGUAGGUGGGGCUGUGGCAAGUCAGGAAGAGUUCACCUCUGCCUCGCUGAACCUGGAAUGUCGAGUGUGUGCAGAUCGAGCCUCAGGGUAUCACUACGGCGUCCACGCCUGUGAGGGCUGCAAGGGCUUCUUCAGACGCACCAUCCGCCUCAAGCUAGAAUAUGACAAGUGUGAACGCCACUGCAAAAUUCUAAAGAAGAACCGAAACAAGUGUCAGUACUGUCGCUUUCAGAAGUGUCUAGCCGUCGGCAUGUCUCACAAUGCUAUCCGCUUUGGCCGGAUGCCUCAGUCUGAAAAGCUGAAGCUGAAAGCAGAGAUUCUUACAGGAGAGAAAGAGGUGGAGGAUUCUCGACAAGCUGACCAGAAAACCCUUGCCAAGCAAAUCUAUGAGGCUUAUCUGAAGAACUUCAGCAUGAACAAAUCCAAAGCACGGACCAUCCUGACAGGAAAAACAAACACACCACCAUUUGUCAUCCAUGACAUGGACACUCUUCAACUGGCUGAGCAGACUCUGGUGGCCAAGAUGGUCAGCACUGCAGGAGGGCUGCUUGAAAAAGAGGCUGAAGUGCGCAUCUUCCACUGCUGUCAGUGCACAUCUGUAGAAACUGUCACAGAACUCACCGAGUUUGCCAAGUCUGUUCCAGGUUUUUCUAACCUGGAUCUUAACGACCAAGUAACAUUAUUGAAGUAUGGUGUAUAUGAGGCACUCUUUGCCAUGCUGGCCUCCUGCAUGAAUAAAGAUGGGCUGCUGGUUGCUUAUGGCAGUGGCUUCAUCACCCGAGAAUUCCUCAAGAGCCUGCGACGACCAUUCAGUGACAUGAUGGAGCCCAAGUUUCAGUUUGCCAUGAAGUUUAAUUCUCUGGAACUGGAUGACAGUGACUUGGCUCUUUUCGUGGCUGCCAUCAUUUGCUGUGGAGAUCGACCGGGCUUGACGAACGUCCCUCACAUCGAGCGGAUGCAGGAGAGCAUUGUCUACGUACUACAGCUCCACCUUCAGAACAACCAUCCGGACAACGCCUUUCUUUUUCCGAAACUGCUGCAGAAACUUGCCGAUCUGCGUCAGCUAGUCACAGAACAUGCCCAGUUAGUGCAGGAGAUAAGGAAAAUUGAGGACACGUCACUACAUCCUCUACUCCAGGAGAUCUACAGAGACAUGUACUGAGAGAAACUCACCUGCUGCUAAAUCCUAUAGGACAUGUUGAGGAAGGAGCCAGAAAACAUGAGAGCGAGUUUAGCCCUGACCUUUCUCUGAUGAUUAAGGGCUUGUCUGGAAAACGAAGAUACUCUCAGGGGCCUCCUGAAUCUGUCCCUGUUAAAGCCACACUGCGUCCCUCUCUGAAGGGCUGCCAAUAAACCACUAUGCACAAGAGAAUGUGGUGCCCAGAGAGGAAUGGUGAGCCAGGUGUACUAAAGAAUAGCAAUGUUUUGAUGAUAACUGUCAGGUAUUAUAGUUUUUUUAUUAUUAUUAAUAAGCAUAGUCCUUAUUCAUCCUGCACUAUUGUUUAAUUCCUCUUUUAGGACCCAGGAUUUAUAACAUUUUCUAAACGGAAAAUGACCU